ACCAACAAUAACGAAGAUGACAAUAAAACAAUAACAAAUUUCAUAAAACAAGCUUUGUAUGGUUUGGGUGGAUCAAUGGUGCUAAUCCAACAGCUCAGCUCAGACAACAUGUAAUAAAAUAUAGUAUAACAAAACUAUAAAUACACACUUGGAUAAGAAUCACAAUUAUUCAGAAAAACGAAAACAAAACAAAACAAAAAAGAAUUCUUAAGGAGCCAUGGAUGCAUCAUCUACCAAGCUACCAAUUCAUGAACAUCCUUUGGCCUCGUCAGCUAGAUUUCAUGGUCAUUGUCAAGGCUGCGGUAAAUCGGGUAACUACUACGGAGGCUAUCUCUGUAACGAUCCCGAGUGCCGCAUUGUCAUGUUCCACAAGGAAUGCGCAGAAUCACCAUUAGAGAUCAACCAUCCUUCCCACCCGGAACAUCCUCUCCUACUCACACAAAAUCCUCCAAGAAGUAAGUGUGAUCUGUGCGGCAAAUAUCUCUUCGUUCACGACUUUCCCUAUUUCUAUCAUUGUUCCAUAUGCGACUUCAACGUUGACACAUCAUGUGCCAGGAAACCACCACUUCCGCUACAUCAUCCUGAUCCCCAAGAACCUCCAUUUUUCUUAAUAAAAGAGAAUCAAAGUCAAAAACUGUGCAGAGUCUGUGAGCAACCAGUUUGUGGUAAAUAUCAUUAUGGACGUCCUUCUUGUGAUGAGUACGUUCACUUGGAGUGCGUCGACGUCGCGGAGAAAGUAAAACAUCUUCCUUUUCACCCUGAUCAUCCUCUUGAGUACACCACAUCUACAUAUGGCGAAGACCACAAGUCAUGCAUUUUAUGUGGAGUGACAUUGGAAGGUGUCUUAUACCAUUGCUCGACAUGUGACUUCAGCAUGUGCCUAGGUUGUGUGAUAACUCCCCCACCUCUUGUUAUUGAGCAUCCCAAGACUCAUGAGCAUCAGCUUACCCUCUCAACGAGACAGAUCUCGUUUACUUGUAAUGUUUGCGGUGUGCCUGACAACCGAAGCUCUUAUUCAUGUCUUCCAUGUGGUUUUACGGUCCAUCGAAGUUGUAUUGAUAUGCCGCAAGUCAUAAUCAUCAAUCGUCACAAUCAUCGCCUCUCUUACACGAAUCAUCUUGGUCCAGGGUUUUCGGACUGCGGAGUUUGUCGUCGACCCGUGGAUCAGUUACGUGGGGCUUAUUCUUGCUCCAUUUGUCCCACGUAUGCUGUUCAUUCAAAAUGCGCAACAACCAUCCGAGUAUGGGAUGGGAUAAACCUCGAAGGGAUACCCGAGGAAAUUGAAGAUCUUCCAUUCAAGGUGGUUGGUGAUGAUAACAUGAUGAUAAACCAUUUCAGUCAUGAGGAGCAUAACUUAAGGCUUACUAGCGAAAACGUUAUUUCUGAUGAAACCACGCUAUGUGCAGCAUGUGUCUAUCCUCUCAACGACUCUGGUCCAAUAUAUAGUUGCGUGGAAUGUGAUUAUUUUCUGCAUGAAAAAUGUGCAAAUCUCCCUAUGAAGAUACGACACGUAUCGUACAGUGGACAAUUUGUCCUACAUGCGAGAGGAGGUGAAGGUCCCGAAGGUGAUUUGUUUGAUUGUCUCGUUUGUGACAAAACAUCGACUGGUUUCAGGUACACGUAUGACGUUUUCAAUCUCGAUGUGCAUUGCAGUUCAGUUUCUGAACCAUUUGUCUAUGAUGGCCAUUUACAUCCCUUAUAUUAUGAACCCGAAGCAAGCAUCACCACAUGUGACACAUGUCAAAACACAGUGUUCUAUCAUGUGCUCAAGUGUGAUGUUUGUGAGUUUAGUGUGGAUUUUUCUUGUGCAACUUUGCCUAAAGCAUAAACAAAUGACAAGUAGUAAAAUUGGUGUGAUAUAUGCAAGAGACGAAAGCGGAUCCAACUACAUGGUUCUACAUGUUUGCUGAUUGCUGGGGUCACUGAUGCAGCGCAUCCUUAUCCAGUUACGAGAACACAUUGAUUGUUUGUAUUUAGGGGUGUUCUUCCAAGUGUUGUGUCUGUUUUCUAAAUUUCAUUAUGUUUACGUACUGCUUUUCCUUUUUCAUUUCCUUAUAGGCUUUGUAAUGGCUUUAUACUUAUGUUAUGAUGAAUCUAAUAAAAAACAAAAGAGUAAACUCAAUGUUUUCCA